CCAAUGCCUGUCAAAACCUGGUGGAUCUGAACGCAAGCUAAAGCCGGAGCUUAGCCUUGCGCGGAGGAGGACGGACGGAGCCUUUAUUAUAGGCGUAGAAUAAUCACAGUCACUCUCGCACAGGAUCACACGUUCUCCAUGGUUGUCUGCUGGGCUUGUAGACCAUUGUAAAUGAAAUGGAAGGGAGAAAACACCCGAUCAGCCACGGUGUUUUCACAGUGUUUUAUUUAAUGCCUUUUUCAUUCUUGAUUCAAAGCGGUCUCGUCAUCCUCUGCUCGUUUCAAUGGACAGUCGUGGCCAAAGACCUGCCCCAGUGUAAAGAGACGGACUACUACUUCGAGUACACGGAGUGUGACAGCACCGGGUCGCGGUGGCGGGUGGCCAUCCCCCAGCGCCUGGGCACCUGCACGGGCCUGCCGGACCCCGUCAGCGGGACGGACUGCACGUUCUCCUGCGGUGCCGGAGAGUUCCUGGAGAUGUCGGCCCAGCAGUGCACGCAGUGCGCCGCCGGCACCUACUCCCUGGGGAGAGGGAUCCGCUUCGACGAGUGGGACGACAUCCCGCCCGGCUUCACCAGCCUGGCCACCUACAUGGACAGCGGCCCGGCCGGGGAGGACACGCUGACCUGCAGCAACUCCUCCUGGGCGCCCCAGGGGAACUACCUGGAGUCGAACCGCGACGAGUGCACGGUGUCGCUCAUCUACGCCGUGCACCUGAAGAAGCAGGGCUCCGUCUCCUUCGUGUACCAGUACGUGGACAACAACAUCUUCUUCGAGUUCUUCAUUCAGAAUGAUCAGUGUCAGGAGAUGGACCAAACGUCAGACCAAAAGUGGAUCAAACUGACCAACAACGGAGAGUGGGGGACCCACACCGUCGACUUGAAGUCCGGUACUAACAUCCUGUACUGGAGGACCACUGGGAUUCUGCUGGGCACUAAGGUGGUCAAACCGGUGCUGCUGAAGAACGUCCAGAUCGAAGGGGUGGCCUACACAUCCGAGUGCUUCCCAUGCAAGCCUGGGACCUUCAGCAAAACCCCGGGGUCAUCAUCAUGUGACCUCUGUCCCAGAAACACCUUCUCCGGCAAGGGAGCCAGCUCCUGCACCCACUGUGACAAGGACAAGCAAUACGCACCCGAGGGGUCGGCAGAGUGCAAGGAGAAGCCGGCCUGCUCCAAGAAGGAUUACUUCCAGAUCCACACGCCCUGCGACAGCGAGGGGAAGACGCAGAUCACGUACAGGUGGAUCGAGCCCAAGAUCUGCGUGGAGAACGUGACGGGGGCCGUGACGCUGCCCCCCUCCGGCAGACGGGAGCCGUGCCCGCCGUGCAACCCCGGCUUCUACAACAACGACACGGCCACCUGCACCCCCUGCCCCCCCGGAACCUACUCCAACGGGGUCAAAGCUUGCCAGAAGUGCCCAGCGGGCACGGAGCCGGCACUGGGCUACGAGUACAAGUGGUGGAACGUGCUGCCCGGCAACAUGAAGACCUCCUGCUUCAACGUGGGCAACACCAAGUGCGACGGCAUGAACGGUUGGGAGGUGGCUGGCGAUCACAUCCGCAGCGGGGCGGGGAGCUCGGACAACGAUUACCUCAUCCUGAACCUGCGGGUCCCUGGCUUCCAGCUUCCGACAUCUGUGUCCAGGACCACGAGCUCCGAGUUUGGCCGAAUCACCUUCAUCUUCGAAACCAUCUGCUCCGCGGACUGCGAGCUCUACUUCAUGAUGGAUGUGAACAGGAAGAGCACCAACGUGGUGGAGUCGUGGGAGGGCACCAAGGAGAAGCAGUCGUACACCCACAUCAUGACCAAAAACGCCUCCGUGUCCUACACCUGGGCUUUCCAGAGGACCAACCAGGCCCAGGACAUCAGACAGUACGUCAACGACAUCGUGAAGAUCUACUCCAUCACGGUGACCAACGCCCAGGACGGGGUGGCCUCCUCCUGCCACGCCUGCGCCCUGGUGUCCCAGCAGUCGGGCUCGUCCUGCGUCCCCUGUCCCGCCGGCCACUACAUCGACAAGGACACCAACCAGUGCAUGGAGUGCCCCCCCGACACCUACCUCUCCGGGCACCAGAUCUACGGCAAGGAGUCCUGCGUGCCCUGUGGGCCUGGCAGCAGGAGCAACAAGGACCACUCCCUCUGCUUCAGCGACUGCUCCUUCUCCCACGUGGACCAGAACCGGACCCUGACCUACGACUUCAGCCCGCUGGGACCCGUGGGCUCCAUCAUGAACGGGCCCAGCUUCACCUCCAAGGGCACCAAGUACUUCCACUUCUUCAACAUCAGCCUGUGCGGGCACGAGGGCAAAAGGGCAGCGGUGUGCACCGACAACGUGACGGACCUGUCCAACAAGGACCUGCAGGGCGACUCCAGCGAGUUCGUCAACUACGUGGAGACCUUCGUCUGUCAGUCAACCAUCAUCCCCUCAGAUGGGCGGGGCUUCAGAACCGCUCUCUCCUCCCAGUCCAUCAGCCUGGCGGACACUUUCCUAGGAGCCACAGUGGAGAGCUCUCUCUCUGACAUCACCGUAGGGUCAGACCUGUUCCCCGAAACAUCAAAGAAAGUACCAGAUGUGAACUUCUUUUAUCGGUCUCCCCAGGCAACAUCAUCAUGUGAUAAGGGGCGUAACGCAGUGAUCACGCUGCGGUGUAACCCGGAGAAGCCUGCCCGGGGGGAGCUGGGGGUCUCCAGCAAGUGCCCUGCCGGCACCUGUGAUGGCUGCACCUUCAACUUCCUGUGGGAGAGUGCCAGCGCCUGCCCGCGCUGCACGGAGGCGGACUACCACGAGAUCGAGGGCGCCUGCAAGGGCGCGGUCCAGGACACGCUGUACGUGUGGAACGAGCCAAAGCUCUGCACCGAGGGGGUGUCCCUCCCCGGGAAGAAGACCUCGCCCUGCGAGGCCAUCGACUUCUGGCUGAAGGUGGGGGCCGGCAUCGGGGCCUUCGUCGCGGUCCUCCUCGUCUCCCUCACCUGCUACUUCUGGAAGAAGAACAAGAAGCUGGAGUACAAGUACUCGCGGCUGGUGAUGACGGCCAAUAAGGAGUGCGAGCUGCCGGCCGCGGACAGCUGCGCCAUCAUGGAGGGCGAGGACAACGAGGACGAGGUGGUGUACCCCAACAAGCCCUCCCUUCUGGGGAAGCUCAAGUCCAUCGCCACCAAGGGAAACGGAGAGAGCUGUGAGUCUGUCCAGCUGAAGUCCUCGAAGCCAGAACGAUGGGUGUGGGGAUAGAGGAGGAGCUUGGCGGGAGAUGUUUUUCGGGAGGGUGAGGAAGAGCGCUGAGAGAGAUUGCAAAGAAGACGAUGAAGAGAAGAAAAAAAAAAGCCAUGCUGUCGACAACAUUCGGAAAACGGAACUCAGCUUGUGGAGAUGACCAUUCCUGGAGGCCUUAACACAUCACCGCGGGGGGAAAUGGAAAAUUCCGGAAGGGGAGGAUUCAGUGGUGAGACUGCGGGGUAGGGGGAAGAGGGCAGGGGUGGAGGGAGGGAGGAACUCUGCUUUAACUGAAAUAUUUGGGUACAAAAUGGCGGACGUGCAUUCCGGUGCCACUUUCAAUUGGCUGUUAUUUUCCGUUUGGGGUUGUGUUAUGAUUCUGUGUGAUGGCAAGAUAACUGCUGAGCUGUGGGUCCCUCCCCUUUUUUAAAAAAAUCUUUUGAGAGCCAAUCAAAGGUGGCGAUGAAAACAUUUAUGUUUGUCACGUCCAAUGACUGACAAACAUAAAAGAAACGUGGGUAAGAAACGUGGCUGAGAAUGAUUGGGCUUACACUACGCCUUUGGGCACAGCCCGACCAGUAUUUUCCUGGUUUAAGUGAAAAGCAAUGCAUUUCUAACUGUGUUAAGAUGGCGGAAGGGGCUCCUCUGUUAAACGUGUACUGUUUCCGUGGUGAUUUCACGCGAAAAACAUCCACGCCUGAACCAAGGCCUGCGGACACCGUCAAAUCCGAUCAGAAAACCGUGGGUAAAAUAUUGAUCUGGGAUGCUGUGAUGGCGGCACAUUUAGUCACGCUGAUUUUGCUUAAUCUCUCAUGUGUGCAUCGAUUUCCGUCAGUAUAACUGCUCCCGGGUGCGUUUUGUCAUGUUGAGCCAUUGAUGCAGAACUGUGCUGACAUCACAUCUGACUACACGUUACACACUCAGGGCCUGAUUUACCAAGACCUUUAGCAUGUGCAAAACAUUUUUAGCACACGCAGAACUAAAUAACACAACCAACGAUUGGUGCAAAACAAACACCACCACCAAUCGUUGGUGAUGUUAUUGGUUUUUGCGCGUGCUAAAAGGUUUUGCACGUGCUAAAGGUCUUGGCUUCCUGAUGCUCUCCUACUCCGUCAAAAUCCUGUUUUCUCGUUUUUUAAAUUUUUUUAGCCAAAGCACCUGUGUUUUUGGGGGGCCAGACAGAGAGGCCAGUGCUGCCGUGAUAGUCUCCAUUAAAGCUGGGCCGCGGGCCCAUUAGAGUUCCUCUAGGGGCCUGAGGCACUGCCUCGUGGAGAAUUCAGCAGAAAUAGCAUCCAGAAAAAACGAAACCCUCUAAUUUAGAACCAUUGAAAGCACUCCGCUCCACCUGUCCUCCCCAAACGUAAAUAGCCAUUGAAAGGGGUGCAUUUUGGAAAGCUUUGCUUCAUCAGUUUACAGACUUCCACUGUUUCACAGAAGGGAAGGACUAGCCCCCCCCCCCAACCCUUCACAAUCCCUGAAUUGCUUUUUUUUAUGAAGGUGUGAUGUCAUCGAAGGAAAAGAAAGUAAGAUCAGUUCAUAAUGUCGUCUACAUAAGAAAUGGAAUUCACCCCAACCUUUCAAUUCAUAGUAAAACAGAUAUGAGCCAUUUGUUAAUUUAUACCCAGCACUUUUGUUCUGACAUUUUAAAUAAGUGAGACAAGAAAAAAUUAAUAAUGAACAGCAAUUGGUUAACAUUUAUUAUGAUAUCAUCACUUUGUUAUUGCACAUAUCAUGGGCGUUGCACUGUGGCGGCAUGAUUAGCAAGAUUGAAAUGGCACAGGGUCCUCUCUCUUCACUUUUUCUUUGUCCAUUAUCGAUUGGGGAAAUUUGGAACCUGGUUUUCCCGUGUGCCAGAAUCGAACCCGACGCGAAAGUGCAGUGCUGCCAAAACGCUUAUCUGCCAUUACCGUUAACUCCCUCACUCCUGGCACAUUUUUGCGGCAAAUGCUUUAUUGGAUGUACGCGGGCGCCAGGCCAGGGUCUGCGCCAUCUUGCGCAUCUCUUUCAGGUUUCAAGCCAACGGAACUCACGGGGUUGCCGCUCAAAACCUCUUUGGCUUUGUCUGGGGAGCGCUUGGGCAGUCGCCAGGCCGCCUUGAGAGCCAGCCCCACUUCAGGGCUUCAUUCCCAAGCAAAUUCUGGCAGUUGGUGGGCAAAUGACUUAUUCUGCCCGGCAGGUGUCCAUGGCAACCAAAAAAACCUGGUUUGUAUUUCCUGGGAGCAGAGUGAACAGACAUAAUAAGGAAUUUAAUAUUUCAGAUGUUUCCGCAUAAAUGAAAUGCAUGGUGUGAUAUGGGGCCUGAGAACGCUUUACAUAAUCCAGAAUCCAAGACUCGUUUAUUCGUGUUUUUCGUUUUUUGUUCAAACACAUUACAAAUACAGGCAUUUCUCUUGUCAUUUACAGACUAAUGAAAACAUUUGGAAAUGUUCAUAAAGCAUAUCAGGACAAGGAUGUCAGGCUUGAGUUUACCCCCUAGUAAUGCUACGCAGCGAAGGACAAUUUUUCAGUACUGACAUGAGUGUUUUAAGGUUUUUUUCAAUUUAGUCGUCAUUAGGUCACACAAAACCCAGUUAACACAAAACGGUCUCACAAUUUUGCAGUCAUGUAGUGGCAAUGUUAUAACAUUGACGAAACGUUCCGGUAACAUUGUGACAGCGUUGUGCGUUGGCUGGGUUCCUUGCCGUGAAAAAUAUGCAGGAAAAUGUUAAGGGAAGGCGUUCCGGUUGAGUUUUAAAAGACCCUUUCUUUGCCCCUGCUUGACAAUGCUUGAUUCAUUGGAAGACAAUUCACAGACAGCUCAAGGGCGAUGUUUCCCGAUACGCAAGUACCAACGUUCACUUUUUUUUGUAUUUUUUUGUAUCGUGUAGUACUUUAAAGCUGAGUUGUACAAAGUAAUGUCAAGACUAUUUAUAACUGUUAUUUGUUGUCAUGAUAAUUUAAUAAAUGUGAAUGGCUUUGGGAA